AAAAUAAAAUUAUCUGAAAAAGAAAGGUCAACUUUCUCUUAAAAUUGCAUAACUUCAUAAAGAGAAAGGUGUAUUAACUCACAAAAUUAAGUCAUUUCGGAGACAUCUUUUAAAUUAUUUUUCUUAAUCAUUACAAGUUCAAUAGCAAGGAAGUAAUUUUUAGAAAACUAUUAGGAGAAGACCUCUAAUUUCGAGUAAACAAAAUUUCUCUUGUGCAAGCUUAUAUAACCGUUAAACCGCAGCCUUUUAGAUUAGAAUAUGGUUGUUGUGUCACGGUUUAAGCAAAAAACGAUUUAGUUACACCGCCUUUUAUAUUUAAAAGACCAUUGAACGGAUAAUGUCUUUUCAUUUACACUGAAAACUUAUACAAACAUGGUCUCUAAAUUCACGUUGUUAAUAUUGAUCGUUACUUUAAUAAGUUUAGCGACUACUUUUCCUGUUGAAAACAAAGAUCAAAAUAAUAAGAAAGAGGUGGAAGAAAAAGAUCAAGAGAAAAAGCAAGAAGAUAAACCAAAAGUGCAACAAAAAUCAUAUAAAUACUCAUAUUAUCGCGAAUAUGGAGAUCCUGAUGAAGGUGAUAAAAACGAUAAAGGAUUUAUGAGAAAAACUGAUGAAGGAGGAAGUAAAGGAUACAAACACUUUGAUAGCUUUGAGAAGAAAGGUGGUGAUAAAUAUGAAUUUCAUGACCACAAAGAAUUUAGAGAAGUAAAAGAUGAUGAACAAGACUCUGAUAAAGAGGAAGAGCAAAAAGGUGAUGGGGAUAACAUGGAAGUAGCAGAAAGUAAAAACUACCUUAGUUUUGCACACGACUGGGAUGACGACCACGCAAUACCACAUUUUGAUAUUGAUUGGGAACAUUUCUUCGAUCAUCACGACCAUGGAGAUGUUAGUCACGAUCAUGAAGCUCAUCCAGAUAAUGAUGAACAUACACAUGAUGUUAUAGAACAUGAUGAUAUCCCAAAACACGAUGCUGCAGAUCACGAUCAUCAUAUACCACAUUUUGAUAUUGAUUGGGAUCACUUUUUUGAUCAUGAUCAAGGGGAAAUUCCUAAAGAUCAUGAAUCUCCUACAGAGCAUAUUAAUUAUUCAGAUCAUGAUGAUCAUUCGGCUCAUGAUGUUCCUCCAGAAGAUAAUCAAGACAACAACAAUACAAAAAAAGAUGAGGAAGAUCAUCACGAUAUUGAAUUUGAUUCCGAUCCAACAUUUGAUCAUAUACCCGAAGAUGAUCCAACUCAAGAUCAUGACCACGACCAUCAUUAG